AUGUUAGGAACAGCAUUCAGUGUAAUUAUUAGAAUGGAACUGGCUUCACCAGGUGUACAGUAUCUACAUGGAAAUCAUCAACUUUAUAAUGGUGCGCCACUUAACUUCAUUCUCUCUUGUUGGAUCUUUUGUGGGAUUGUCGCCAUCCUGUUAUCCUUUGGCAAUUCCGCAAAAAUAAACCAUCAGGGUUCCUUUUGA